AUGCUGAGCCGCCUGCAGGAGCUGCGCAAGGAGGAGGAGACCCUGCUGCGGGUGAAGGCGGCGCUGCACGACCAGCUCACCCGCCUCAAGGUGGAAGAGCUGGCACUGCAGUCUCUGAUCAGGGCCAAGGAGGAGAACACAGCAGACUCUUCAGCACUAGUGGCAGUGGACCCUCACCAAACUCUUGGGCAGAUGGACAAUGAGGCUGCUAUCAAUCAAACUGAACUACACCUCAGUCUUCAACCUCAUGAAGAGGAAGAGGAAGAGGAAGAGGAGGAGGAGUCUGAUUCUUGAGAAAAAAAAAGAUCAGAGGUAGCUUCUAAUACAGACUCAAGAAUCUCUUCAUUCAUAUAGA